AUGGCUACUAGGAUUAAGCAGCACGGUGAGAAGUUAGCUGGGUGUGAAAACGGCAAAUCUGACAAAUCCUACCUUGACGAGCACUUGUCCGUGUGCGUGCAAGUGUCUACGUGCCCGUCUGCCAAUGGCUUGAGACUGAAUGAUGCAAAUUCGGCAAAGAAUUUAAAUGGGGAAAGUGGUGGUGCGGCGUUGUCGAGUUUAGAGAAGGCUUGGGAUCAUUGGAAUAAGCUGGGGGCACCCAAGUUGAUAGUAGCUCCCAUGAUGGAUCAGAGUGAGCUGCCGUUUAGGAUGCUGUGCCGGAAGUACGGUGCCACUGCAGCGUACACACCUAUGUUUCAUUCUCGUCCAUUUGCACUGCAGCCGGGAUACAGGCGAGUUGAGUUCACCACAUGUCCAGAGGAUCGCCCCUUCGUACAAUUUGGUGCGAAUGACCCGAAAUUGUUGGUCAAAGCAGCCAUGUUUGUGCAAGAAGACUGCGAUUACUUUGACAUAAAUUUAGGGUGCCCUCAACGUGUUGCGAAGCGAGGUUUUAACAGAGCCUUCCUUAUGGAUGACCUUCCUUUGAUUCAAUCAAUGGUAACUCAGCUUGUGUCUAGUCUGACAACUCCUGUUUCAUGCAAAAUCCGCACAUUUCCAGACUUGGAAGACACGCUUGCCUAUGCUCAUAUGCUGGAGAAUGCCGGUUGCUCUUUGUUGGGUGUUCAUGGACGUACACGGGAUCAAAAGGAUGGUAGAACUACCAGGGCGGACUGGGAAGCGAUCAAAGCAGUAAAAGAAGCUGUUCGCAUCCCAGUGCUGGCAAACGGCAACAUACGGUGGCUUGAAGAUGUGCAUGAGUGCAUUAGGAUGACCGGUGUAGAUGGCGUGCUGUAUGCAGAAUCUUUACUCGAGAACCCUGCUCUAUUCAGCGGUCACAGGAUGAGGCCUGUGGAUGCUGUCACUGGGGGAUUGGUGGAGCUGAGCAGGGAAGGCGCACUUAAUGAGCCGUCACUAGUUUUGGAAUAUUUAGAACUUAGUGAGAAGUACCCAAUACCGCAGCGCAUGAUGCGAUCACACGUAUACAAAAUGCCGUGCGCGUGGUCCAAACGAUAUCCAGAGCUGCGUGAUGAGCUGAAUUUUGAACAGGGGGCAAGUAUUGAUUAGAUGAAGGUUAUGGUCUACAGGCUGCUCGAAAAGCACGUUUCAACAAUGGGUAAUGGUUCGUCGAGGAAGAGCGAAACCCAGGACACUAGUGAGACAAAUAAGCUCGCGCAGCUUAGAAGCCCAAUUCAAGUGAUGUGAUGACCAAGUCGCUGGAAGUGGGCAGCCACAAGUACAGAAAUCACCAGGCAGGGAGGAGCAAAGCAGGUCCAUGGCGGUGAUAGGAUUUGUGCUUGUUAAACUCCAUCGUAGGAUUGCACAAUCUUUGAAACUCAUCAGCAUUUGUCAACAAUUGCGAUGCGCUUGUGUUGCUUUGCUCAGCACUUGGACCACAGCGGGUUCAUUAUGUGCCACACUGUGCAACCCUUCGUCCUGCGUCGUCUCUGCAAUGAAAUGAAGCUGCUGUGCACCAUGCAGCACACGGUUCUUUGCAGAGUAUGAUAAACAUGAACAAUCGUGUGCAUGGUUACGAAGUUGUUGAUAACGGAUAGGAAAGUUACAAAUAGUGCUACUCUAAAGGAAUUUGGGAAAAACUGCAUCUGGUGAUACCACAGUUUCAUUCAUUUCUAUGUCUUCAUUGUUGCAGCUUGUGCUUUGGCACUUGUGAUAAACUCCAGUGAAGUCCCUGUAAUGCAUCUCAUCUAAGAAGUUGGUGAGGGCCUUGUUCCAACAUUUUUUAUUCGUUUUAA